ACUGCGUAUGAGACAUCAUAACAACAGCAGCUCGUGCAGACAUAAGCGGGUCGGGAGUUGGGCGGAGCCGCAAACGGAGGAAAAUACUAGAGGAAGCGGAGCGACAGGAAACCACUGAAUCUCUUCAGAUUCGACUCGCGUCCGGACACAACAAAUACAGUUAGAUUUGAUCCACAUCCUUGUCUAUCCCCACCCCUCUGACCCAGAUAGCAGCCAGUUAGUCGACAGAUGGAGAAGCAGACAGCAGCUGGCGGAACCAUGGAAGGAGAUGGGCCGCAUAGUCCAACAGGUUCCCAUGUGGAGUGGUGUAAGCAGCUGAUUGCAGCCACCAUCUCCGGUCAGAUGUCCAGAUCUGCCCAACCUGAUCUUCUCAACAGGGAUAACAAGCUAUCCAAGCGGCUGAAUCACAUGGAUUCAGUAGACGGGCUUUUUUUCUUUGGAGAAAGUGACCCUGAACAUCCUUCUGAUGCUUUGAACCUUCCAGCUCUGGGAUACAGGUCACAGGUCAAAAUGUUCCAGAAUCAGGUUCCUUUGCUGCCAGGAGAGACAGUCCAGAUCACAGUGAAGGAUGUGAUGUACAUCUGUCCAUUCAGUGGUUUGGUAAAUGGGACUCUGACCAUCACAGACUAUAAGCUGUACUUCACCAGUGAGGAAAAGGUCUCUCCCUUCAUCCUUGAUGUAAAUCUAGGAGUCAUUAGCAGGCUGGAGGCUAUCUGUGUUCCUAAACAGGGAGACAAUACUAAGGGACUGGAACUGGUCUGCAAGGACCUGAGGAGUCCCAGGUUUGCCUACAGGACAGAAGAUGGUCAGCCUGAUGUUCUAGAUGUUCUGGUUAAACACGCCUUUCCUCUCACUCACAGCCUGCCUCUGUUUGCAUUCCUUUACAAGGAGCAGUUUCCUGAGGAUGGCUGGAAGGUGUACGAGCCUGCAGUGGAGUACAGGCGUCAGGGUCUCCCAAAUGAAAGCUGGGCCAUUAGUAAGAUUAACAGCAGCUAUGAGCUGUGUGACACCUACCCUUCCAUCCUGGUCAUUCCCACCAACAUCAGCGAGGAAAACCUGAAGCAAGUUGCGUUGUUUAGAGCCAGACACCGCAUACCGGUCUUGUCUUGGAUCCACCCAGAGUCUCAGGCUGCAAUAAUGCGCUGCAGCCAGCCGUUAGUUGGACCUUCAGACCGUCGCUGCAAAGAAGACGAACAUUUGCUCCAAAUCAUCAUGGACGCCAACGCCCAGUCUCAUAAACUCACCAUCUUUGAUGCCCGGCAGAGCAGUGUGGCAUUCACCAACAAGGCAAAGGAUGGAGGAUAUGAAAGUGAAAAUUUCUACCCCAAUGUAGAACUGAAUUUUCUGGACAUCCCUAACAUCCACGUGAUGAGGGAGUCUCUGAGGAAGAUGAAGGAUGUGGUUUAUCCUACAAUUGAUGAACCCCACUGGCAUUCUGCUAUUGACCAGACACACUGGCUGGAGUACAUAAGGCUGUUAUUAGCAGGAGCCGCAAAGGUGGCGUUAAAGGUGGAGUCUGCAAAGACAUCUGUGGUGGUUCACUGCAGCGAUGGGUGGGACCGAACCGCCCAGCUGACCUCCCUGGCGAUGUUGAUGCUGGACAGUUACUACCGCACCCUCAGAGGCUUCCAGGUCCUGGUGGAGAAGGAGUGGAUUAGCUUUGGACACAAGUUUUCUGCUCGUGUGGGCCACGGUGAUGAGAACCAUGCAAACUCGGAGCGAUCACCCCUCUUUGUCCAGUUCAUCGACUGUGUCUGGCAGAUGACCCGGCAGUUCCCAGCAGCCUUUGAGUUUAACGAACUGUUCCUCAUCACAGUGCUGGACCACCUCUACAGCUGUCUCUUUGGUACAUUCCUCUGCAGCAGCGAGCAGGAGAGGACAGCCAAGGAGGUUCAGACCAAGACUGUGUCCCUCUGGUCCUACAUCAACAGCCAGCCAGAGGACUUCACCAACCCCUUCUAUGUGGACUAUGAGAACCAUGUUCUGUAUCCACUAGUUUCCUCCAGACACCUGGUACUGUGGACCAGCUACUAUGCCCGCUGGAACCCCCGUAUGAGACCACAGGUUCCUGUUCAUCAGACCCUCAAGGACUUGCUGAUCUUGAGAGCAGAGCUCCAGAGGAAGGUGGAGGAGCUAAAGAGACAGGCCUCCUCCCACUCCCCAUCCUUCUCCUCCGAGCCUUCCCCUUCACCCCCCCACCUCAAAGGAACACCGCUGUAUACCUCUGCUUGACACCCACUCAGUUUGUAGCAUGUUAAAUUGUAGAAAGUCCUCAGCUUAACUUCAGCUGGAAAAAAUAGGGAAAUGAUUACAUCACCACAUUGCAGCUUUUACACAUCAGGAUAUCAUAAAAACACAAAUGUGUGGCACUGUGGGGUUUUGGUUCUGAUUUAAAAAAAAAAAAA